AUGACGCUGUUUGAGGAAUGCAAAACCGCUCUGGAAACUGACGACACAAAGGCACUGGACUCGCUGCAAUUGCAGCUUGCUCUGCAGUCAAACGAGACCAAACUCGAGCUUCUGAGCAACCUGAUGCCCUAUAUUGAAACCAGUCUUCGCCAGGGCGUGGACGAAUCCAGUGAGCUGCUGCAGACUCUGGCACAUGAUCAGAGCUUUGAUGAGCUGGCUAAGAUUAUCCCCGUCGAAGCGAUCCAUGAGGGACUCAUUUCCGGACUUGCUGCUCUCCAACAGGCUCUUCUGAGCUUGCUUAGACAGGAUCUGGUGGCUCAAACAGAACUGCUAUACGACGCACUUGUGCUUCUAGCCGAUCCAGAUUCUCCCGUUGGUGUCGUUUCGGCCGCUCAUACCGCCCUGGUGGGACUUGUCAAGUCCGCAGACAGCCAAUUGGUUCAGAGACGACUCACUUCCGACCCUGCAUGUCUCAAGGUUCUCCGAGCCAUGAAGACCGAGGUGGUGACAGCUUCUCGACUACAGGGGCUACUGCUUGACACGGUGUCCGAGUUUCGGUUCCCCAGCUAUUUAUACGAUACCAGCGACUUUGACAUGUACAGAGACGAUCCUCUGGCCUUGUACGUGCUAAUCGAGUACUACACGAACCUAUUCAGGGCCGACGCAUCUUUCAUCCAGACCCUCUCUGGCACCGUCAAGCAUCUAAUGUCCUUGUUUGAACCCGAUGAGCUUCUCAACUCUUUAAUUGACUCUGUUCUGGUCCAGUUGACGGGUGUUCUUUCCACUGAAGACCCCGACACUGUGUGGCAACUCGACACGGAGCUCAAGCUGGGUAAGAGGUUCAUUGUUGACAAGGAGCGGGGACUGGACUACGAGUUCCUCGCCAAUCUGGACCCUGAAUACAUCAAGGAGCAUUAUUCGGAUGCUGUGCGGACCGUGCCUCUCAAGGUCGAGACUCUCGAGGUCUAUGUGCAUCUGUCGUCUUACCAGCCGACGUUUGUGCUCCUUCAGGGUCUCGAGAGCUCUUCGACUAUCGCAAACCUGCCGUUUAUGGCCCGAUACACGCUUCUUUUGGCGCUGUCCGAGACGGAGUGGGGCAUGCAGCGGCUUCUGUCGUUCCCCAGCUUGAUUGACAGCGAGUUGGAGCUGCAGGACCUGAAUCCCGAGUCUGCACAAUUCCGGGACCUGUUUCUUCAGCGGCUUUUGUCCACACCAUGGAAGGGCAGGGCCGAGACUGCGCUCAAUGGAGAGAAGGCUCCUCAGAUUGAGAUGCAAUUGUAG